UUUUCAUCCCUUUAAAUACUACUUCCUUACAAUACAAAGGGACUGAUCUAACCAAGUGAGCCUAACUUCCUUGCAAUCUACUAGCUAUCCUUCUCAACAGAACACAAACCUUACUAAUCAAUCAAUAUGCAGACCUCACUUCUUCACCAGCUAACUGUUGGAACUCCAAUCAUACAAAAUCAGUUUCAAAAAUCGAAUAACAGAUACUUGCUCGAUUCAGCCUCUCAUCAAUAUCAAUAUCCAUCCAAAGAUCUAAGCAAAAGUAGAGUAGUAAGUUCUAACCAGAAAAAGCGCAGCAGGAAGGCCGAUAGUAAUUCUGAAAUUUCAGUGACAAACAUAUCUGAAACUAUAAAGAGAAAGUUAAGCUUAGGGGCUCGAAUUCUUCAAGUGGGCGGAGUGGAGAAAGUGUUCAUGAAGUAUUUUAGUGUGAUCGAGGGGGAGAGGCUGUUGAAAGUUUGCCAUUGUUAUCUGUCCACCACAUCUGGCCCUCUAGCUGGUCUCCUCUUCAUAUCCACUGAAAAGGUUGCCUUUUGCAGUGAGAGAUCAAUAAAAGUGUUUAAUAAGAAAGGGCAAAUGUGUAAGAUCCACUAUAAGGUUUCUAUUCCAGUGAAGAAGAUAAAGAGUGUGAGGCAAAGUGAAAAUGUUGAGAAGCCAAGACAGAAAUACAUAAAUAUAGUUACAGUUGACAACUUUGAUUUCUGGCUAAUGGGUGUAUCAAAAUAUCACAAGACUUAUAAAUAUCUCGAACAGGCAACUUCUCAAGCAAUGAUAUACAGCAGCAAGCAAUGAAAUGGAAGCUGUAAUUGAAGAUAUGAUAUGAGCAUUGAUAACAGAUGCACAUGCUUCAUUCAUAUCAGCUCAGAUGCAAAUUUCGGUUUCAAUACAUUGUUGAUGCAAGAGAUCAUGUGGGGCGUGCUUUGUAACAAACACCAAAAAGUGGCAGUUAGAUAUGUAAAUAGAAAGAAUGAAGAAAACUGUUAGAAGUUUAAGCUCCAGACUCAAUUACUUGACGAAUUAUUUACGUGCAAGUUCUCAGGAACUUACGAAAUUCAGACCAUUCAAAUAUUUACAAUAAAUUGUCUAGAAUUUAUUCACAUGGGAAUCUUGUUCCACAACCGCAUCAGGCCGCAAUUACAUUGUGAUUUUAAAAUCACAGGUCCUGCCGAAUUAGGAACUCCAUCAAACAAUUUCGUCAUGGUUUCUUUAAGUAUUUUCAUAAAACUCAUAGUUUCAUAACCCCAAAACUCAAUUUACUUAUGAGGUAAUGAA